AUGGCAGAAGCGGAAAUACUGUCUGCUAGCCAAGUGAAUGGUUUUGCUGGCAUUUCGCCGUUGAUAUACGAGCGGGAUCAGGAUACUCCCAAAGGCUUUCACACGACCAGGCAAUACACUUCUUACAGUGUUGAUGACCAUCUUGAGACACUCCGUGCUAUUCUCAAUGACGAUUUCAGUAAAGAAGAAGAGAUACUGGCGCUUCCUCGGCGGCAGAAUAAGUCUCAAAGACCUCUUGCGGUUCAGCUAUCUAAGAUUACAAAAUUGUGGCCAGAGUUGACUGAAAUCGCUGCCAUCAUCAAAUAUGAGCGUUUGACAAUUUACGCGAAAGCAAUUGUUCGUCAGAAUCAAGCAGAUGUGUUGAAAGCUGCCCAGUGGAAAGACAAUAAAGGUGGAAAGCUUUUGAGAGUCCAAGGACCUUGGGCAGGUCAAGAAUUAGACCCCGUUGAUCUCAAAGGUCCUGCGGCCAUUCCUAUGCCAGUCACAAUUGGAACAGCGGAAGACUUCAAUCCUAUCUUCAGCUUCCUAGCGGACAAUAAAACGAUCGCCGAGGCUGGCGAGUCUGACGGUACUCAUGGGAUAGAAUUAUUGUGGAAAAGCCAUCUAUUGGAAUUUGAACGUGGAAUCGUGUAUGAAGACGGACGUGUCGAUUUGUGCAAGAAAGUUGUUGGCCCAACACAUAUCGGGAAAUUGAUGGACAGCUUGGAGCCAAACACUCAGAUAACACACUUCUUACUGGGGAAUAAUGCCAUCUCAACCACCGGUGCCAAACGAAUUGCUGAAUUUGUUGAGAAAUACCCUGACCGGAUGGAGACCUGGUAUCUUGCGGGCUGCCAUAUCACACGGUAUGGACUGUCGCUGCUAGUCCCACAGAUAGUGAAAUCCACCAAAAUCACCAAUUUAUGGCUGAAACGAAAUCCUCUCGGACCAAACUCUAGUGCUCUUCUGGCAGAACUUGUGCUUAAUACCAAGAAUCUCCGGACUCUGGAUCUCGAAACUACCGAGCUUGGUGACAAAGGCACAUGCGAGUUCAUUGAUGGCAUCGUUGGGAAGCCAUCAUCUCUCAAACACCUGUAUUUGAACGCAAGUGGGAUUGGUAAAAAUGGCUGCGUAAGCCUAGGCAGAUAUCUGGCAGACUCAAAUUGCAUUCUAGAGAGCCUCUUCAUUUCAACAAAUCCGCUUGGAGAUGCUGGAAUUAAAGAGCUCGCACCUGGUUUGAAAGCGAACAGAACUUUGAAGCGGCUGAUGAUCGGAUCUACAGGACUGACAUCUGAUGGAGUAAGUGCACUUGCACAUGCUCUCGUCGAUAGCGAAGCACCAACUCGGGCGAUAGAACUUGGAGCUUCUCAGACCACCAGAGCACAUGGACAGAGAUACAAUUACAUCGAUGAUGGUUGCGUAGAGGCCUUGAAACGACUGAUCAUGAAACCGUCGAUGAGAUGGCUUGGUCUUGGCCGCACUAUAUUCAGCAUCGCAGGACUCCAAGAUAUCAGAUCCGCAGUCAUCAAGUCUGAGCUGGUAACUUUUGAGGUUCACUCUAUCGAAGUGAAUGCGAUCAAAAGCGGUCCUGGACUCAGCGGAGAGUUCGAGGGCGAAUCGAUUACAAAGUCACCUUCCCUUGAAGUCCGAAAAGCGUUGACGAGGAAUCAGCUUAAAUACUAUCCCAAGUAUGAAUCGUAUGAUGACUUCUUAAACAGUGAGGACUUUAGGUUCAUCCGAAAUACUUCUGAUGUCCGGAAGAUCGACUCGAUGUAUCGGACCAUGAAUAGGAGACAAGGAUUUACUGAGGAAUCAACAUGGGCAGAGGGUGAUCCGACUUGGCAGUUGAUUACUGAUGAUGCUCUUAUGGCAGAUAGAGAAUGA